AUGACUUACUUACUAAAGCUAAGGUACCUAACUUUUGUCUCAUCCCAACACAGAGGAGAGAGACGUUUUCUGGUCUCCCCUCUCUCGUCUCCCCUCUCUCGUCUCCCCUCUCUCGUCUCCCCUCUCUCGUCUCCCCUCUCUCCUCCCCUCUCUCGUCCCCUCUCUCGUCCCCUCUCUCGUCUCCCCUCUCUCGUCUCCCCUCUCUCGUCUCCCCUCUCUCGUCUCCCCUCUCUCGUCUCCCCUCUCUCGUCUCCCCUCUCUCGUCUCCCCUCUCUCGUCUCCCCUCUCUCGUCUCCCCUCUCUCGUCUCCCCUCUCUCGUCUCCCCUCUCUCGUCUCCCCUCUCUCGUCUCCCCUCUCGUCUCCCCUCUCUCGUCUCCCCUCUCUCGUCUCCCCUCUCUCGUCUCCCCUCUCGUCUCCUCUCUCUCGUCUCCCCUCUCGUCUCCUCUCUCGUCUCCCCUCUCUCGUCUCCCUCCCUGCUCCCUUCUCCCUCGCUUCUCUCCCUCAUCUCUCUCCCUCCUUUGUCUUUCUCGUCUCUCUCUCCUCUCUCUCGCAGAGGGGAGGGGGAGUGUGGUCUAAUGCAGCCAUCGAUCUUAUCUCCCCCACAUCCGGUGAACACGGCUCUCCCCCCUCUCUCCCCCUUUCCUCUCACCUUUUUCCUCUCCUCUCUGCUCUCCCCCCUCCAUCAUCCCUCCCCCUCAUCUCUCUUCUCUUCUUUCACUCAUCCUCUCUCCCCCGCUCUCUCCUUUCCUCCCUCGUCUCUCCUCUCUUCUUUCACUCACCCUCUCUCCCCCGCUCUCUCCUUUCCUCCCUCGUCUCUCCUCUCCUCUCUCCCCUGCUCUCUCCUGUCCUCCCUCGUCUCUCCUCUCUCCCCCGCUCUCUCCUUUCCUCCCUCAUCUCUCCUUUCCUCCCUCGUCUCUCCUCUCCUCUCUCCCCCGCUCUCUCCUUUCCUCCCUCAUCUCUCCUCUCCUCUCUCCCCUGCUCUCUCCUUUCCUCCCUCGUCUCUCCCCUUACCUUCUUUAUCCUCUCCUCUCUGCUCCCUCUCCAUCAUCCCUCCCCCUUUAUCUCUCCUCUUGCAUUUCUACUUUACUCUCUCCUCCUCCCCCUCAUCUUUCUUCUCUCUCUUCUUGCUCAUCCUCUCCUCCUCUCCAUCUCUUCUGUUCUUUCCUCACUCCUCUCUCCUCCCCUCUCACUCACCCACUCUCAUAUCAUGCGUCUUUCAUCUCUCCUCUCCUCCCCCUCAUCUCCCCUGUUCCCUCUCCUCUCAUCUUUCACCCCUUGUCUCCUCUCUCCUCUCCCUCAUCUCUCUCCUCACUCAUCCUGUCUCCCCCUCCCCCUCUCCGCGUUGCGAGCGGACAGAGCGGGAGGAGCAGAGCGGGAGGAGCAGAGCGGGAGGAGCAGAGCGGGGGGAGCAGAGCGGGAGGAGCAGAGCGGGGGGAGCAGAGCGGGAGGAGCAGAGCGGGAGGAGCAGAGCGGGAGGAGCAGAGCGGGAGGAGCAGAGCGGGAGGAGCAGAGCGGGAGGAGCAGAGAGGGAGGAGCAGAGAGGGAGGAGCAGAGAGGGAGGAGGAGAGCGGGAGGAGCAGAGCGGGAGGAGCAGAGCGGGAGGAGCAGAGCGGGAGGAGCAGAGCGGGAGGAGCAGAGCGGGAGGAGCAGAGCGGGAGGAGCAGAGCGGGAGGAGCAGAGCGGGAGGAGCAGAGCGGGAGGAGCAGAGCGGGAGGAGCAGAGCGAGCGGACAGAGCGGGAGGAGCAGAGCGGGAGGAGCAGAGCAGGAGGAGCAGAGCGGGAGGAGCAGAGCGGGAGGAGCAGAGCGGGAGGAGCAGAGCGGGGGGAGCAGACGGGAGGAGCAGAGCGGGAGGAGCAGAGCGGGAGGAGCAGAGCGAGCGGACAGAGCGGGAGGAGCAGAGCGGGAGGAGCAGAGCGGGGGGAGCAGAGCGGGAGGAGCAGAGCGGGAGGAGCAGAGCGGGAGGAGCAGAGAGGGAGGAGCAGAGAGGGAGGAGCAGAGCGGGAGGAGCAGAGCGGGAGGAGCAGAGCGGGAGGACCAGAGCGGGAGGAGCAGAGCGGGAGGAGCAGAGCGGGAGGAGCAGAGCGGGAGGGCAGAGCGGGAGGAGCAGAGCGAGCGGACAGAGCGGGAGGAGCAGAGCGAGCGGACAGAGCGGGAGGAGCAGAGCGGGAGGAGCAGAGCGGGAGGAGCAGAGCGGGAGGAGCAGAGCGGGAGGAGCAGAGCGGGAGGAGCAGAGCGGGAGGAGCAGAGCGGGAGGAGCAGAGAGGGAGGAGCAGAGCGGGAGGAGCAGAGCGGGAGGAGCAGAGCGGGAGGAGCAGAGCGGGAGGAGCAGAGCGGGAGGAGCAGAGCGGGAGGAGCAGAGCGGGAGGAGCAGAGCGGGAGGAGCAGAGAGGGAGGAGCAGAGCGGGAGGAGCAGAGCGGGAGGAGCAGAGCGGGAGGAGCAGGAGCGGGAGGAGCAGAGCGGGAGGAGCAGAGCGGGAGGAGCAGAGCGGGAGGAGCAGAGCGGGAGGAGCAGAGCGAGCGGACAGAGCGGGAGGAGCAGAGCGGGAGGAGCAGAGCGGGAGGAGCAGAGCGGGAGGAGCAGAGCGGGAGGAGCAGAGCGGGAGGAGCAGAGCGGGGGAGCAGACGGGAGGAGCAGAGCGGGAGGAGCAGAGCGGGAGGAGCAGAGCGAGCGGACAGAGCGGGAGGAGCAGAGCGGGAGGAGCAGAGCGGGGGGAGCAGAGCGGGAGGAGCAGAGCGGGAGGAGCAGAGCGGGAGGAGCAGAGCGGGAGGAGCAGAGCGGGAGGAGCAGAGCGGGAGGAGAGCAGAGAGGAGGAGCAGAGCGGGGGGAGCAGACGGGAGGAGCAGAGAGGGAGGAGCAGAGCGGGGGGAGGAGCAGACGGGAGGAGCAGAGCGGGGGGAGCAGAGCGGGAGGAGCAGAGCGGGAGGAGCAGAGCGGGAGGAGCAGAGCGGGAGGAGCAGAGCGGGAGGAGCAGAGCGGGAGGAGCAGAGCGGGAGGAGCAGAGCGGAGUGUCCGUAUUGA